GUCAACGGCAUAAUUGAUAAUUUAAAAAAAUCGGAUUCUUUGGUGCCAGUGAAACAUUUUGUACAUGCACUCUGUUGCUGCCAUGCUUGCCGCAGUGAGUGCAGUGUUCGACUAUCUCGUGCGGCCUUGAUCGCAAAAUUCCACAACUAAUUCCCUCUCCCUGCCAACAACCCAACCCCUUUAUGUAGGUAUGGCUCCAAACAAGAAGAAGAAGAAGGCUGUUGCGAACUCUGCAAGAGGAUUUGCCACCACCUCUGUCCCUUCAAAAGCAAAACCAACCGAUGCGCCUAAUGAAAAUAUUUCUGAGCCCAGCACUGGUGCUGGCCCUCAAGGUGCCCAGGCUCUGCAGAAUGGUGACGAUUCCGCUAUGGGUCCUCUUCCUGAAACGUCUGAAAGAAUCGAGGACAUGACUCCAGAGCAACUGGAAGCCCAUCUAGAGAAUUCGGAGCUUGAAGCCUUGGUCGAAAAACACUCAACUCGAUGCCUUCUCGACGCCAGUAGGCAGUCGACACGGCUCGAGACGGAACGACGACAACUACGUUCGCAAGCCCUCAAAUUGUCAACCCACCCAUGGCUUUCUCAAGAGACCAUCGACGAGCUAUUCGCGAUGAACACGCCUUGGACAGCUACAACUAAUGGGAUGGAUCAUGCUCCUCUUCCUUCCAACAACGAAGAGAAGACAUUACUCGAUCUUUGGACGCUUGAGAGGGUUCUGCAAGCUUUGAAGCUCCCUCGAGUAUCAGAAGCCGUGACGCAUAUUGCUGGCCUUGCAUUGUCUGGUCAAGUGAGCACAUCAUCAGAUUCGCUCACAGGCCUACCAGAGGCUCUUCAAUGGUACGCAACGGCCGAAGAUGCCGCGGAUCUGUCGGGCUACGAACAUAUUCCAGAGCUCCGUCCUGGACUCAGUGGUUCUAACACACCUGUUCUAAUUGAUUCUGAACCAACAACUGCAAGCGAGAGUCGACAAAGUCGAGCCAGCACACCAGCUCAGCUAUCAGAAUCUGAAGACGAUCAUUCGUCCAGUUUGUCAUCCGGAAGUGACGAAGAUGACGACCCUGCAAAGCUGACAGAGAAAUAUGUUCGGACCAAACGAUUAAUAUGGGACUUGGAGAAUCCGCUUCAACCUGCGAAGUCGAGCUCCUCAUCACGGCAGCAAAAGCGUAUAGCCAAGCUGAAGGGUAAAAUUCAGGCACUAGGUCGAGAUCCUCUUCUAGAUGAGUAUGAGGCUGAGUCCUCUUGGAGGGCUAUCAUGGCCGAACUUCAAGAAGAGCGACGAGAAAUUCUACGAGAGGAAUCACUACGACGGCGUGAUUUUGAGCAAGGCAAACCCUCACAAAGAGAUAAAAGCUUGCUGAGACCCACGACUGAACCUGCUGGUGUCGAAGUAAACGUCGAUGGAGACGAUGACUUGUUGGGAGGUAUGUUCGGUGGAGAUUCUGAGGAUACAACACCUGAUCAAGUCAUGAAACAAGAAGGGGAUAUCAAACUCGUCGAUUUUGGUAAAUGGAGUGGCGUGUCUCCCAAAAAAUUACUUGACGAUACUUGCAAAGGUUUUGAUGCAAAAUGCCGCAUUCAUACACGUAUCCUGCAAAGCGCAUCACAUUCAGCAAGGCACAGUUUGGAGAUUUCUUGGUCAAUAGAGCUUUCGCCAGACGAAGAUGCUAUUUCAGCCCUGCCAUCGAUGAUCACAACGAAGAUAACAUCAAGAAGCUGGACUCUUGUGAUGGAUACUGUUGCUGCAGCCAGUACAAUCCAGUCAGAGGCAUAUGUCUGCUCGCUGGGCAUGUUCGUGGUCUCGUCACUAGGCUCGAAGGAACAGAAGGCCAUCGCAAGGCUUCCGACCGUAUGGCGAGAGCUUGUCAGAGACCUGGCUGACGAAAAGCAAAGACUAGUGAACGACCAGCACAAGGAAACACUCCGCCGACUACGAAGUAUUAUUCAAGCUGUUCAAGAAAACCGACAACAGCAGGAGAGCGACACGGUGACAACUCAAAAAAAGCAAGCGACCUUACCAACAGAUCGUCGUCGACCACGUCCUGCACUUGGCAGACUAGACCCAGGUCAGAUCUCCAAGGACUGGCUAUCACGGAUGUCUCGGCCUGCUUUCCAGCAAAUGUUCGAAGUCCGUCAAUCACUGCCAGUCCACCAGUACAAGGACGACAUUUUGUCUUGCAUUGCCAACAACCCGGUCACUGUGAUUUGUGCUGAGACAGGCGCAGGCAAGUCUUCUGGCAUUCCAGUAUUGAUUCUUGAACAACAAUUCGGCAGCGGUCAAGACUGCCGCAUUCUGGUCACUCAACCACGCCGUAUAUCGGCUGUGACGUUGGCAAGACGAGUAUCACAAGAACUGGGAGAAACCCGCAAUGAGAUCGGCACGACAAGAUCGCUCGUGGGAUACGCAAUACGUUUGGAAAGCAAGACAAGCAGCAGCACUCGCAUCACAUACGCGACCACAGGUGUCUUGCUGCGGAUGUUAGAAGAAUCGCCCAAUCUCGACGAGUUGGACUACCUUAUCCUUGACGAGGUCCACGAGCGGACGAUGGACCUAGACCUGCUGUUCAUUGCACUCCAGAAACUUCAGAGACGCCGGGAAACUCUGAAGAUCAUCCUCAUGUCGGCCACAGUGGACGCACGAAAGUUCUCCGACUACUUUGGAGGCGCGCCUGUUCUGGAUCUCCCUGGUCGGACGUUCCCCGUUGAGGUGGGCUUUCUCGAGGACGCCGUUGAAGCCACCCUCGGCCUCGCCGGGGCCAAAGACCAAUCGGUGGCCUUGGAGGAAGAAGACAUCGACUUUGAAGACUACGGCAACGGAAAAGGUCGCCCUGUCCUUAUGGAGCCUGAAAAAUACAGCGGCAAGACCCAAGCUGUGAUUUCACAAAUGGACGAGUAUCGCAUCGACUACAACCUCAUCGCAAAGGUAUCCGCGUCGAUCGCGACGAAACGACAAUACGCCAAAUACAGUAGCGCCAUUCUCAUCUUCAUGCCUGGCAUAGGCGAGAUGCGCCGUCUUCACAACCUCCUCAUGUCGAUGGACACGUUCAGUCAUGGCUGGGUGGUGCAUCUCCUGCAUUCCACGUUUUCUACCGAAGACCUAGAAAGGGCAUUUGAACGACCGCCACCGGGGCACAGAAAGAUUGUAAUAGCCACGAAUAUCGCCGAGACUGGUAUCACGAUCCCCGAUGUCACGGCUGUGAUCGAUACGUGUAAAGAGAAGGUCAUGCGGUUCGACGAGCGACGUCAGCUUUCCAGACUCACUGAAGGUUUCAUCUCGCGCUCCUCGGCGCGCCAACGAAGAGGUCGUGCUGCUCGAGUGCAGGAAGGCUUGUGCUUCCACCUCGUCACAAAGCAUCGGCACGACACUCUCAUGCUCGAGCAGCAGGUUCCCGAAAUGCUCAGGUUGAGCUUGCAGGACCCGAUGCUGAGGAUCAAAGUGUGGAACCUGGGAUCUAUAGAAGAAACCCUCAACGCUGCAAUCGACCCUCCCACCAGGAAGAAUGUGCUGAGGGCGAUCGAGAAGCUCAAAGACGCCGGCGCACUAACGAAGACCGAGGCUCUGACACCACUUGGACAGCAAAUCGCACGAUUACCGUUGGAAGUUUCGCUUGCUAAACUGGCAAUCUUUGGCGUCAUCUUCAGAUGCCUGGAUCCGAUUCUGUCCAUCGUGUCCCUGUUGACCUCGAAAUCACCAUUUCUGGCUUCUUCAGCAGCCACUUCUCACCCUGACGCCCGUCACACAUUCAGUCGGUCAGACUCCGACCUUUUAUCUUCCUUCAACGCGUACGAAGCGUGGCGAAGGGCCAAAGCAGCCCACUCCGCCCAAGAGUUCUGCCGAAAGAACCACAUCAGCGACCAAACAAUGUCGCAGAUCGAGGAACAAAAGAUCCAACUCCUCGUCUAUCUCGUCGACGCGGGUCUCGCAUUUCUGGACUCUGAGGAGAAGGCCGCACUCAACCGCGCGAGAUCCGGCCCGGGUCGUCGCGGUGGUUCCUCAGCCGCCAACAACUUCUACACCUUGCCCGAGAGGUACAACCAGAGACUCGGCGAUCGAGCGCUCAACGGCAUCACCGCCAUGGCACUGUAUCCCCGAAUCCUCACGCGCGAAGGCAGAGGCUGGCGCAACGUAUACACGAACCAGCAGGUCUCACUCACGUCCCGCUCCAUCAACCACAACAACAACCCCAAGGCGCCUCGGUGGCUGUCAUUCUUCGAGGCCAUGCAGAACCGCAGCGGCAGCUUGAACGUCUUUGAAACAUCCGCUAUCCCGGAGUCAACGUUGGUCACGCUCCUCGGUGAAGCCGAGUUCAAGUUCUACGCCGGCGUGAUGGUCUUGGAUUCUGGCAAGGUCAAGAUCUCGGUCAAACAUUGGAGACAAUUGAUGGCCAUCAAGAUACUACGGGAGCGUCUGCUUCACGUGUUGGAUACUGCGUACACGAAGCCAGGACAAGCCUUGGAACCUGCCGACCAGCAGUGGGUUGAUAUGUGGUUGAACAUAGAGGCGUCUCAAGAGUAGAAUAUUUGGGGACCAAUAGCUAUAGCCAUAUCCUCCGACAUAGUUAGAUUCAUGCCUCUGAAUGAUGAAG